AUGGACAAUAAAGAAAAGGAAUCGGAGGAUGAUGACAACAUAUUGGAAAUCUUAAAACUUUCAACUGCUUGUGUGGGAAAGAUCAUCAAUUCAAUGGAGUUUACCGACGCGUUCACCCUCUCGUCACUCUCGAACCGCUCCAAAAACUGUGUUCGAAGUGCAAACUAUCAAAUAGCUGGUAUGAAGUUCGAAUUUUGCAAUUCCGAAGACGACGACAGGAUCUUAUUGGCACGAACAACACACGCCCUUGCUGAUUCAAUAAUAGAGCCACGGGACUCUCAUCCACAACGGUGGUCAAUAUUCUUGCCUAAGCGAGAAGUGAUGGGAAUACUUACAUACCGCUACAAAGAUUUCAAUCUGGUAGGCCGUACAAAUGUAGAUUGCAAGGAAUUGGCCACCAACCAUUUGAUGAACGUGUUUAAAACUGAUAAGACAUACGUCACAAUCAAUCAAACUAUCAAGAAUCUGCCGGAUUUUUUUCUGUGGAAAUAUGUGAAGAAAUUCAAGUGUGUUGAGAUUGUACCAAAAGAGAGAGCUGACACUCUGAACAUAACAACUGAUGACAUUAACUUUGUUUUGGGAACAGUCAAAUCGCUCAACUAUCGCUUUAGCGUGAACAUAAACGAAAAAGUGUUCAAACUCAAAAACUCGAUUUAUGAUGAAUGUGAACUUCUUUGUUUUGAUGACGCGCAUUGGUUGGAUACAGAAAAUCUACUCACCCAUACACCAUUACUGAAGAAGCUCCGUUUGAAUGGAAUACACGGAAAGCAAAUCAACACAGUUCUCAAACACAUGAUUCGCGGUGAUUCAAGUAAACUUGUUGAGUUCAGCACAUUCGCCGGUUAUCGAUUUGUAGAGAACGAUAUUUUCGACGGAAUUGAAACAAAAAUUGAGAAUAUACAAAACAGAAAAACAACAGAUGGGCGGUUCCAAAUAUCUUAUUGUACAAGUAUGCGCCGGGUUCGUUGCAUAGAAUCAUCGAUGUUUAACAUGUUUUAG